AUGCCAACACAAACUUCUCCUUCAAUACAAUCAGCAUCUAUACAACCUGUACAGCCAACUCAACCUCCAUCUCAUUCUCAGUAUCUAGUCAAACGCGACGAUGACAAUAUUCAGGCAACUCUUAGCCUUUAUCAGAACUGGGCGUCUGUUUGUAACAAUGAUAACAACAACCAAGUGGCGGUAGCUAUUAGUAUUGAUCCCAAGAUGCAACAAUUAUGGCAAACUGUCACUCAAACUGUUAACUGUGGCCAUGGUACCGUGAAGACCGUGACAAGAACUAUUACUGCGACCGCGACUGCUACCACUAGUGGUACUAAUCCUACCAAUACUCCUACUUGUGAUCAACAGUGCUGGAGUGAUUAUCUAUGGCAUACGUAUGGUUACGGGAUUAGUGUAGCUCAAGCCUUGACUGGUAUUGUUUGCAUGAUGAUUGGUAUUUACUUUAUGGUGUUUGGUUUCCGUUUCUUUAGACCUACAUUAGGUUUUACUGGAUUUGUUUUCUUUGCUGUGAUGACAUGGAUUGGACUGACAAACAAUGAACCUGCUUCAGGUUAUCCAAAUACUGAUCUUCUAUACGUUUGUGUGAGCGCUGGCAUGGGACUUGUAGGUGCUGGACUUGGUGUAUUCUUCUUUGUGAUUAGUAUUUACAUGGUGGGUGGACUUGGAGGUUUUUAUUUCGCUGUCUGGAUCCUAUCUUGGAAAGCAAGUCUGAUUAUUACAGUGAAAGUAGCACAAAUCUGCUUUAUCAUAGGUGUUGGUUUGGUCACUGCCAUUCUUCUCUAUCUAUUGGAAACAUAUAUUCUGAUCAUGUCUACUGCCUUCAUUGGAGCUUAUCUUGUCCUUUUCGGUUUAGAUUUUUUUGCACAUACUGGUAUGUUGAAUGCUUGGUUACUUAUAUUUGAUGCAAAUCCAAAUCAUUUCAAUUCCUAUAUGAUUCAACGUCCCGUUCUGGUCAUGCUCUCCUUUGUGGCUGUUCUCUUCUUGAUGUCAGUGGGUUGGCAAUAUUAUUGGAAUGUCAUGCGACACAAGCGUUCUUUUGGUGUUCCAAAAAAGGCAAAAGUAGUCGAAAAUGAAUAA